CCAAUUAAUCAAUCUCUUGUAAAGUUGUAGUUUUAAAUUUGCUAUUCAUUAUUCAGCCACCACUUUAAGGACUUACCUUGUAAUCAAGUAAAGAUCUUUGCUUUUGGAGGUGUAGUACUUUGUAGAUUUAAUGUGUUCUUUGUUGAAAAAAGUUCCCUUUACUGCCAAAAAGCUAUAUUGGGACUCUUCAUGUAACAGAUUUUUUUGGAGCAAAAGAGUAUAUAUAUGCACCACUUUAGUUCUUUGUCAAAAGGGCUAUCUUUUCUUUGUGUAUUAGCAAGCUCUUUUAGUGUUGAAAGUUCAGAGUUUGUUCAUGGCAAGCUUUCAGGUUACUUCUUGAAAAGGAGUUGGAGAAAGUUAUUGCAAAUGCAAGUAUCCAAUUUUAAACACAAACGUUCUAAGAGCUUCCCGUAUACACGAGGAUUCAAAGACAAUGUGGAUCAUUUAGUAGAGGACUCUAAUCAAUUGAAUUUGGAUAAGGGUGACAGAAAUGACUGUAGUGAGAGCAAGAAGAAGCGGUGGUCAUCUGAGGAAGUCGAAAGUUCUUUGAGGCAAGAGAUAAUGCAACUCGAGAGAAGCUUAGAGCACCAAGUCAUAGUUCGAUGUUCUCUAGAAAAAGCAUUGGGAUGUGAAUCUUUCUCGCAAAACAUCACUCAGCCCUCAAUGCCUAAGCCAGCUGCAGAACUGACUAGAGAAAUUUCAGUACUAGAGUUGGAAGUAGCUUGUUUGGAGAAGUAUCUUCUCUCAUCAUAUCGUAAAGCAUUUGAUCAACAGAGCUCAUCCAUGUCUUCUCCCACUAGAGAUGAUAAACUAAAAUCUCCUAUGUAUGCCAAAGUAAGAAGGUGCCUUGUAUUUUCUAAAUCUUAUUCUAGAGUGAGAAGGCAAAAUUCUUGCGCUCAUCCUGAUAGGCAGUCAGUAUCAAAUCCAUGGAAAGAAACAACUCGCACAACAGAAGACAAAGUUAGAGAAUCUGGGGUCCAUCGAAGUCGUUCCUCACUAACUCAACAAUCAGAUCUGUCAAAGAGAGUUUCCACAGCAGAGGAUAUACCAGGCAAAGAUUUGCGUGCUUGUCAAUCUCAACCUUCGUCUAUGACGGAGUACGCGCAGAAUUCUUCUUCAAAUUUAAUCAGUUUGGCGGAGCAUCCUGGCAACCGUAUUUCUGAUCAUGUUCCAGAGACACCAAACAAGCUGUCUGAGAACAUGGUAAGGUGCAUGUGCACCAUAUAUUGCAAACUUGCUGAUCCUCCACUUGCAAAGCUGUGUCUCUCAUCACCAACCUCAUCCUUGUCAUCAAUGAGUGCCUUUUCUACGAAAGACCAAUGUGAUAUAUGGAGCCCGGGAUUAAGGAAAGAUUCAUCUUUUGAUGUUCGUUAUGACAAUCCUUUUCAUGUGGAAGGGUUGAAGGAGUUCCGUGGACCUUAUAGCACAAUGGUUGAAGUACAAGGUCUAUAUAAAGAUAGUCACAAACUAGGUGAUAUUGAGCCUUUGUUGCAAAAUUUCAGGUCAAUUGUUUCUCGCCUAGAAGAAAUAGAUCCGGGAAAGUUGAGUCAUGAAGAAAAGCUAGCAUUCUGGAUUAACAUACAUAACGCAUUGGUGAUGCAUGCAUUUUUAUCUUAUGGGAUUCAACAAAAGAAUGUGAAGAGAGUUUAUCUACUCUUGAAGGCUGCCUGUAAUGUCGGUGGUCAUGUAGUCAGUGUGAAUGUGAUACAGAGCUCUAUCUUGGGAUGUCGGGUGUCUAGACAAGGACAGUGGCUUCGCUUGUUUCUUUCUUAUAGAGGAAAAUUUAAGGCAGGUGAUGAAAGACAAGCCUAUGCUAUUGAACAUCCAGAACCCCUUCUGCACUUUGCACUCUGCUCAGGCAAUCAUUCAGAUCCUGCGGUAAGAGUCUAUACACCGGAGAGAGUGUUGCAGGAGCUGGAAGCAGCAAAAGAAGAAUAUAUUAGAGCAACUUUUGGUGUGAAGAAAGAUGAUAAAGUUGUUUUGCCAAAAGUUGUGGAGUCCUUUGCUAAAGAUUCUGGCCUAUAUCCUGCUGGUGUUAUGGAGAUGAUCCAGCAAUCCUUACCUGCUGAAUCUCUUAGAAGAAGCAUUAAGAAUAUUCAGCAGCGAAAUUCUCACAAGAACAUUGAAUGGGUUCGUCAUGAUUUUGCUUUCCGGUAUCUAAUCAUGAAGGAGCUGGUGAAGUGACGUACUUUUAUUCAUUAUAGAGAUUUGAUUAGUAGUAAGUCACUUUGAUCUCCAACCAUUAGGUUGUAGGUUCGAGUCACUAAGGGGGCAAGUGAAAAGGGGGAAAAAGAGUGUUUUGUGAGACCUCUCUUUUUCAUUUUUUCCUUUUAAGAGGGAACUUAUUUCCUUUUCUCUCCUGUUUAAAUGCAUGCAAAUUUUGGAGUUAGAAUGGAGGAAUUGACUGAAGAA